UUGGAACGGCAUCAUUCUGACUUCUUCGCGUCUCUUUCCACCAUCGGGGUCGAUAUCACCGAGCUCAAACAGAAGCAUGAAUCUCGCGAGGAGCUGCUUCCCAGACAUGACACAGAAUUCACCUUCCAGGACUCAGAUCGGUACGCCCAGACGGAGCAGAGCUACAAGCCGAGAUGGUGGGACAAAGGGUACCUGCUCCAGGAGCUCUGGACUUCGUCUUGGAACAUGUAUCUAUUCCUCCUCGUUGGAAUCUGCUUCGCCAUCGGCCACCACGUUUACUAUCGGUCUCUCGAGAAGAUGAUAGUCUACAAUGAUGAGCAGCUCACCACACUGCGAUACGGAACUGCUCUUGCUUUUGCGGCAAAGGCGAGUUUGGUAGCGGCGGUGUUGCUGGCAUUCCGGGAGCAGAUCUGGUACACGUGCAGCACCAAGUUCUUGAGAGUGACAACCCUCAACGACAUGUUUGCGGCCCCGGAAACGCCGCUCUCGCUUCUCAACUUGGAGUUCCUGUGGAAAGCCAAAAUACCCGCCGCCUUGGUCUUAUACUGCUGGCUCUCCCCGCUGAGCGUGAUCCUCACGACGAGCACCCUCAUCGCGGUGCCCAGUCAGGAGGUCCACAACACGACGUGCCCGGGGGUACGCACGUUGAAUUUCAGGUUUGAGGACAACACGAACUGGAGAAACGGCGGCAAGAUCGCGAGUCUGGAUCAGCAGUCUCUGAGCUGGUGGAAUGAGACGAGCAAGGACGAGUUCGACCCCAACUUCUUCGACUAUUACACGUCCAUGAGCGACAACGCCAAGGAGCUCCUACAGGCGAGUACCUACCUGCAGCGUCCAAUCUUCGACCAAGACAACACCUUCGAGGUCUGCGAAAGGGGCUGGAACUGCACCGUCGAGAUCAGCUUCGUAGGGCCUACGUACAACUGCAGCACAAUCAGCCGGGGUGUUGGGGGCGCAGAAGGGCCGGGCUUUCUCCAGCAAGAAAAUGGAAAGUCCAUGAUCCCGUUUAACAUGAGCAUGCUCGCACCGGUCGGCAAUUUCACCUACAUCGCGCAGACGAUGCAUGGGGAGUACGCGUACCCGCAGAUGGACGCUGUCUUCAGCGGAGGCAUCCCGAAGAUGGCACCGCCGUUCCCGGCACAUCUUGGGGUCUUCCGGACGGAGCCGAUUAUCUGGAUCGGGUACGCCGAGAUGAACAAGAGCUACAACGCGACCGAGUUCCAGAACAGAACCACAGACGUCCGGAACAGCGCGGCGUUCACGCCGGUCGUCAUCGCCUGCGAACACUACGAGGCCAACUACACGGCGGAGAUCGCCUACCGAGACGGAAUGCAGAUACCUACUAUCAAAAGCAAGAAACUCAUCUCCCCAAUCAUAAAUACCACGUACGUACCGGAACUCGAGGCGAACGACGGCACGAUGGACAAGACCGUGGCCGUCCCGCAGAGCAACUACAUCUUCCCCAGAGACCUCAAAACGUACAGACGGACGGCCGGGUACCACUCCAUGGGCCUCUUCCUGCGUCGAAAGCUGAACGGGACGAUCCAGGGGGCCGGACUGAAGGAGGAUUCGCAGGUGCUGUACACCAGUCUCAUAGAUCACCGGUUUCACUUCGUCCGACGGAACAUAAUACCGCUCAUCGAGGCUUGGUACGGCAACCUGCUCAUGUCCAUGUUCGCGAGGCCGCGGUUCCAGGCGGUGGUGUGGGCGGCCAGGACGGACGAGCAGACCGGCACUCGCAAGACGGGGUUCGGCCCCGAGUCCGACUAUCUGUACAGCUGCACCCGUUCCCGACCUGCGGUGCGAUACCACUAUCGUACUCGUAUCCUAGUCAGUGUCUACGGCAUUCUGAUCUUCCUGGCGCUUCUGGGCGUCACGGCUGGUGCUGUCGCUAUUCGAAGGAAUGGUGGGGUAUCUAAAGGUACCGGGUUCUCCAACAUUGUCGAGGCAACGAGGGGGCCGACUUUGGACAGGAUGGACUGGGGAGAGGGAAAGGAAUACGGGCCUGUGAAGAUCGGGUAUGGGCUCCUCAGGACGCAGGACGGUGAUCUGAAGAGGCCUGGCGGGGAGAUUCUGGUCAGUGAACCACAGUCGAGGCGUACUAAUUCGAGAUUUGGCUUUGGGUUCGAAGGAGACGUGGAUCAAUUGAAGCCGGAGAGACGAACAUCGGAAGAAAGAGAAGCAGCAGUUGGGCCGUAG